AUGUAAUUGAAAAAAAUUUUAAGAUUGGGGAUUUCAAAAGGCCUGAAUUUUGAGCUAAUUUGUUUUUUACCUUAUGGCCUUUUGAUUGGGAAAGACAAAAGGUUAGCAAUAGCCUUCUGGGCUUUAUUAAUAUUUGAGUUUUGCAUUUGAGAAAUAAAUAUAUUAUGAUUAGAAUUAUCAUAUUUUAAAAAUAAAUUAUACAUAUAUAUUAAUUAACAUCAGUAUGAUUGAAUAGAUUGAGGGUAUAAAUAUAGCAUUGGAAGGAUGUUUUCAUUGGCAUUUCAAUGAAAUUUUUGAGACUAUUAGAGAAAUUGAAAAAUUAAAAAAAAAUAAAAAUUGAUUUGCUUUUAGUAUCUGAAGUUGUAAAAACUUAAAGAAUUUAAUAUAAUAUGUUCAAUAUGGCUUGUCCUGUAAAAUAGUUGAAAAUGAGAACAUUCAAUAAACAGUAUGAAGGAAAAGAGAAGCCCCUUGUUUAAAAAUAUUUAUCGGGGGUAAUCAUGAAACUUCAAACUAUUUGAGAGAUAUGUAAAUAUAUAUUUUUAAUAUAUUUAGGUAUUUUGGAGGAUGAAUAGCUCUAAAUAUUUAUUAUCUUAGAGAUACUAUAUCAUAUAAAUUAAAAAAGAUAAUUGGGAAGAAGUUCAGGAAUAUUUAAAAUUUUUGAUUUCAUAAAUCCAAAAUUAGCCAUUUCCAUAUACAAGUGAAAAAUUGAGUAAUAUUUAUCAUUCAAAAUAAGUUGAUCUAUUUAAAUUAAGUCU